UAGUCUCAUCUUUCCUCCGGUAGCGAGAGAUUAGUCUCAUUCUUCCUCCGGUAGCGAAGGUCAAUGCACCCGCUGUUCCAAUGAGGGACUAGCCUACAAGGCCGUACCCCGAGGGCAAAGUGACCAGAAGAAGUUGAAUGAGAAUACCUCUAUAGUUGUACUAAAAAAAAAGUAAAUUCAAUAAAUUAUAACCAUUAGAUUGACGAAAAUCAACGGUGAUUAGAUUGGUUGUAAAGGUAGUAAACUUUUUUUGGUGGUAAGUAUAUCCUUUCCAAAAAAAAUUAAAAAAUGUGAAAAACUAAGUCAUUUCAGAGACAAGUUGGAAAAACCAAAACAGAUAAGCGGCAUCACACCAAUCCAAAGCUGAAAAAAAUCCUCAUCAGUCAUCACCAUAGCAUAUUUUGGAAUCCAAGCAAAAUUAAGAUUACUAAACUUGAAAAAAAAUAAAAAAUAAAAGUUAAUUGCUUUUCUGAAAAAAUGUAUUUGAUGUUUAAAAAAAAUAAAAAAUCUCAAUACCUUAUACCGAUUCAUAGAAUUAUAAAAAUGACAUAUUACUCAAAAAGUAAAAACAUAAGUAUCUACAUCAAAGAUAUUUCAUGUUCCUGACCAAAAAAACAUACUAAACAGAUAAAGAACCUUUUCAAAAUGAGACACGGAGUUCUGGUUAGUGCCCUUCUUAUAGCAAACAUGCUCAUGGCUACACGCCUUACCCGCACUCUUACACUCUCUUGUUCCAUUCCCCCACUCCUAAAGCGCACUUCUCAUUCCAUUUUUCACCCCAAACAAUUCUCUAAAUCCCGUCCCUGUCCCCUCUGGUCCUCUUCCUUCUCCUUCUGCCUUGAAGCACUUCACAAGUCCACUUCCCCUUCCUUCGCUUGCGCUUGCGCUUGCUCUUCUUCCCUCUCUGCUCCGUCCAUGGCUGCUUCCGCGAUCGACGACCUCGUCGAAGCCAACCCUCUUCUAAAGGACUUCGAGUUCCCGCCAUUCGAUGUUGUCGAACCCAAACACGUGCGACCCGGCAUUCGCACCCUCCUCAAAAAGCUGGAAGGUGAGUUGGAAGAACUGGAACGCACCGUGGAACCUUCAUGGCCAAAGUUGGUUGAACCGUUGGAGAAGAUUGUAGACCGGUUGUCUGUUGUUUGGGGCAUUGUCAAUCAUUUUAAGUCCGUUAAGGAUAGUUCUGAGCUCCGUUCUGCCAUUGAAGAUGUGCAGGCAGAAAAAGUUAAGUUUCAGCUUAGAUUGGGUCAAAGCAAACCUAUUUAUAAUGCAUUCAAAGCCAUUCAAGAGUCUCCUGAAUGGCAGAGACUUAGUGAUGCUCGCAGACGCAUAGUUGAAAGCCAAAUAAAGGAGGCGGUUCUUAAUGGUGUUUCUCUUGAAGAUGAUAAAAGAGAACAGUUUAACAAAAUUGAACAGGAGCUGGAAAGGUUAUCACAAAAGUUUGGGGACAAUGUUCUGGAUGCAACAAAGAAAUUUGAAAAGCUGAUUACUGAUAAGAAAGAGAUUGAAGGAUUACCUGCUACUGCUCUUGGGUUGGCUGCACAAAGUGCAGUGUCCAAGGGGCAUGAAAAUGCCACAGCUGAGAACGGGCCAUGGGUAAUUACAUUGGAUGCUCCGAGUUUUAUUGCUGUUAUGCAACAUGCUCGCAACCGUUCUUUGCGCGAGGAAGUCUACCGUGCAUAUAUAGCACGUGCAUCUAGUGGAGAUUUGGAUAAUACAGAAAUAAUUGAGCAAAUUUUAAAGCUUAGGUUGGAAAAGGCCAAGCUUCUCAACUACAAUAACUAUGCUGAGGUUAGCAUGGCAACCAAAAUGGCAACUGUUGAUAAGGCAGAAGAACUUCUAGAAAAGCUUCGAAGAGCUUCGUGGGAUGCUGCAGUGCAAGAUAUCGAAGACCUUAAGAUUUUCUCCAGAAGUCAGGGUGCACUGGAAGCAGAUGAUUUGAAACAUUGGGACAUUAGCUUUUGGAGUGAGAGGCUUCGUGAGUCAAAAUAUGACAUUAAUGAGGAAGAACUGCGUCCAUUUUUCUCUCUGCCAAAGGUUAUGGAUGGACUCUUUAGCCUUGCAAAAACACUUUUUGGCAUUGAAAUUGAGGCAGCUGAUGGUCUAGCUCCGGUUUGGAAUAAUGAUGUCAAGUUCUUUCGCGUUAAAGAUUCUUCAGGUAGUCCAAUUGCGUAUUUUUAUUUUGAUCCUUAUAGCCGUCCUUCUGAAAAAAGGCAAGGUGCAUGGAUGGAUGAAGUUGUUGCUCGUAGUCGUGUAUUAUCACGUGAUGGUACCUCAGCAAGGUUGCCUGUUGCCCACAUGGUAUGCAAUCAAACCCCUCCAGUAGGAAACAAGCCAAGUCUAAUGACGUUCCGAGAGGUUGAGACUGUCUUCCAUGAAUUUGGCCAUGCACUUCAACACAUGCUUACUAAGCAAGAUGAGGGUCUUGUUGCUGGUAUUAGAGGGAUAGAGUGGGAUGCUGUUGAGUUGCCUUCUCAAUUUAUGGAAAACUGGUGUUACCAUAGAGAGACUUUAAUGGGCAUUGCAAAGCAUUUUGAAAAUGGGGAGAGUCUCCCUGAAGAUGUAUAUUUGAAGCUUGUUGCUGCUAGGACUUAUCGAGCUGGCUCUCUAAGUCUUCGACAGAUAAAAUUCGCAAGUGUAGAUCUGGAACUUCAUACAAAAUAUGUUCCAGGGGGACCAGAAUCCAUAUAUGAUGUUGACCGCAGAGUUUCUGAGAAAACUCAAGUGAUUCCUCCAUUACCAGAGGACAGGUUCCUUUGCAGCUUUAGUCAUAUAUUUGCAGGUGGAUAUGCAGCUGGAUACUAUAGCUACAAGUGGGCUGAGGUGCUGUCUGCAGAUGCUUUCUCUGCAUUUGAGGAUGCUGGAUUGGAUAACGGCAAGGCUGUUAAAGAAACUGGACACAAGUUCCGGGAGACCAUUCUUGCUCUUGGAGGUGGCAAGGCACCACUGGAGGUCUUUGUGCAAUUCCGUGGGCGAGAACCAACACCAGAUGCAUUGCUCAGGCACAAUGGCCUAUUAUCAGUUGCAGCUUCAGGAUAGAGUUGGCCACACUAUUAUUUUCAAAUGAGUGUGUGACUCAACUUUCUAGAUAUAAUAAUAUGGAUACAUUUAAAAUUAAUUUUACUUUACAACAUUUAAAGGAAUUUAUAUUUUUAAA